AUGAGUCAAGCUCAUAACUUGUCCAUGACGAGUGAUGAUAGACUCAUACAAUUAGCCGAAGGAGGAGAAAUAAAACAAGUAGAUUUGGUCGUAGCUCAAGAUGGUUCUGGUGAUUUUUCAACCGUUGUCGAAGCCAUCAAAGCAUCUGAAAAUCGAAGAACUGGAACUGAUAGAUUUAUUAUAUACGUGAAAUCUGGUGUUUAUAUAGAAAAUGUCAUCAUCAAUUCGUCAAUGCACAAUUUGACACUUAUUGGAGAAGGCAUUGAUGCAACAGUUAUAACCAACAAUAAAAACGUCAACGAUGGAUAUGAAACUUAUAACACCGCAACCUUCCAGAUUUGGGGUUCCGGUUUUGUUGCGAUUGGAAUUACAUUCGAGAACACCGCCGGUCCGGAGAAACUACAAGCGGUGGCGCUUCUCUCGGCUUCAGAUCUCUCGGCUUUCUUCCGAUGUAGCUUCAAAGGCUACCAAGAUACCCUCUGCCUCUUCCAACAGCGUCAAUUUUAUCGCGAAUGUGACAUCUAUGGAACCGUCGACUUCAUCUUCGGUGACGCUAUCGCCGUCCUCCAAGACUGUAACAUCUAUCUCCGAAAGCCAUUGUUUGGCCAACAAAACACGAUAACGGCUCAAGGAAGAACCGAUUCAAGUUCUGCAACAGGGUUUGUUAUUCACAAUUCGCAGGUCACGGCCGCCCCUGGGUUAACCCUAGCCGAUGGAUCAGUCAAGAACUUUCUAGGCCGGCCAUGGAGGGACUACUCGAGGGUUGUAUUUGUGAAGUGUAAUCUCGAUAGCUUGAUUGAUCCCCAAGGGUGGAUGCCGUAUCGGGAUAGCUCUGCUUUUGAUAAAUUGUAUUACGCAGAGGCUAUGAACUCAGGGGAGGGUGCGAACACCUCCGGUAGGGUGAGGUGGCCGGGGUUCCAUGUUUUGACCGGUGAUCAAGAGGCGGAGCAGUUUUCUGUUAGGAACUUUUUGGCUGGAGAUUCAUGGAUCCCACAGACUGGAAUUCCUUUUGAUUCUGGUAUUUAAAUGAUUUUUUAGAGACAAAUAAAUGUUGCUUGGUAGUGGUAGUUGUAGUGGUAAGAAAAGUUUUUUUGUUCAAUAUUUUUGUAAGAAUAGAUGAAGAUUUAUUGCA